AAUGGCACUAGUGUGGCACUCAGCCGGUCCGUGAAGCGUCGUUUGCGCCGAGCGGCCGGGGCGGCUGCGCAGGGAGCGCGGCCUUGGGGCGGGCGCGGCCAGUUCUGCCUCCUCUGCUCGCCGCCCCGCUCCCCAGGGGCUGCCUCACAGCCUGCGGCUCGGUUUGGGGGGCAAGGGAAGGGAGAGGAGUCGGGGACCCCCCCUGGCACGGCUCGCCCAGCACCGGCCGAGGCCCAGCUCCUCGGAAGGACGGCGGCCGUUGCCCUGAGGGCCGGCGGGACUCCAUUUCCCAGUGCGCCCCGCGCCCCCGCCGGAGAGGUCGGGCCGGGAAGAUGGCGGCGCCCGUGUCGCCCUUGGUUACUGUGCGCUGCUUGCUGCGGGCUUCGGCGCGGCGCGCUGCUCGUCUGCUGCCGGCGCGGGCCGUCGCCCUGCGGAGAGCGUACACAGCUCAGGCAGAUGAGAAGACAGUCCCUGGUACUCCUACAGAUGCUAACGCCAGAGCCUUAUUGGUUUGCAGUGGACCUCUAGAACAUUAUGACUUUCUGAUUAAGCAAGAAGAGCUGAAGAAUGAUGAGCAGCAAAGAAGAGUUGUGCAGCACCUGCAGAAGUUACACGAGAGCCUUAAAGGCUACAGCAUCAGUUCAAAAAAUCUUCUUUCAAAGCUCUUCGCAAAAAACAAACCUCCAAAGGGUCUUUAUGUCUAUGGAGAUGUUGGCACAGGAAAGACAAUGGUGAUGGACAUGUUCUAUUCUCACUUAGAAGUAGAAAGGAAAAAGAGAGUCCAUUUUCAUGGCUUCAUGCUAGAUGUACACCAGAGAAUACAUCGCCUUAAGCAGAGCUUGCCAAAAAGAAAGGCAGGAUUUAUGGCCAAAUCAUACGACCCAAUUGCACCAGUAGCAGAGGAAAUAAGCGAAGAGGCUGCUCUCUUAUGUUUUGAUGAAUUUCAGGUCACUGACAUUGCUGAUGCCAUGAUUCUGAAGCAGCUUUUUGAAAAUCUGUUCCAAAAUGGGGUUGUCGUUGUGGCAACAUCUAACAGGCCGCCAGAAGAUCUCUAUAAAAAUGGUCUUCAGAGAGCUAAUUUUGUACCAUUUAUUGCUGUGCUGAAGAAAUACUGCAGCACAGUCCAGCUCGAUUCUGGAAUAGACUACAGGAAACGAGUGCUUCCUGCUGCUGGAAAACUUUACUACCUCACAAGUGAAGCUGAUGUGGAGGCUGUCAUGGAUAAGUUGUUUGAUGAGCUGGCUCAGAAACAAAAUGAUUUAACUAGACCAAGGAUUCUAAAAGUGCAAGGCAGAGAGCUGAGGCUGAAUAAAGCAUGUGGAACCAUUGCAGACUUCACGUUUGAAGAGCUGUGCGACAGAAGAGAUCAUCACAUUGUCAGGAUGCAGAAGAGCCACAUUUUUAACUAUCCGACACUGUUCAGCCUCUUGGGGCCAGUGACUACUUGGAAAUAUCAAAGCAUUUUGACACGGUCUUUGUUCGUGACAUACCACUUCUUACAAUGGCAAAAAGGACACAAGCUCGACGUUUCAUUACUCUUAUUGAUACUUUUUAUGAGCAUAAGGCUUUCUGUAGAAAUUAUUUGGAAAAUAUAAGCAGAAUGAACUAGCACUGCAAAGAAACAUCAUUCCAGCUUCACAAAAAAGGCUCCGUUGCAAUAAAGCAGGUAUUUAUUUUUUUAUUUCUGUGAGUAUUAAGCAUGACCAUAAAUAUAAGCCUGAGUUCAUUUUUAAGAUGAUUUUUUUAAAAGUAAUACCAGAUAUGAAACCCUAUCUUAUGUGUGAUUAUAUAUGCGCACACUUAAAUGUUUAUGCAGUCAGGAAAUACCGAUUGAGAUUUGUUUUUCAAGAAUGUCCUGGCAAGAUGAUCUGAAAGGCCCUGAUUCAGCAAGGUAUUGAACUAACUAAACACAUGAGUAGUCUCAUUUAAGUCAGCCAGAUUCUUUGUGCUUUAUGGUUUGGAAAUGGAGAGUUUCGAAGAGGAUAUGCUAAUAUUUGUAAACUAAUACUAACGUGUUGGAAACAGAGAGAGUGUGGGUGUGAUCUGCUCUAUCUACAUGCUGUCAUUAAGAACUGCAAGCAAAUAGCUGCUUUCUAUUACUUCCUCCACAGGAAAAUUGUAAGUGUUAAACUCCUGUCACAAGUAGUUGUUCGGAAA